AUGGCCCCUGUGUCCUUCAUUCUGCCCACUCAUAUGUUCACUGGGGCCCUCCUUGGUGCCAGGCACCCGCUACUGAGGGGUGCCAAGCCCCUGCCAGAGAAGCUUGGAGCUGGGUCACAGCAGCAAGGGGACUGGAGGCAGUGGCGCCUUUUUCCCCGCAGGUAUAAAAGCAGAUACGCACUCCGAUUCUGGCAGUGCAGCGGUGGGAACCUCUCCAGGCGCACGAACCCUGCCCACGAUUUCGGAUCGAUUUUUGGGCGUUUGACCAGAGGUGCAGGGGAUGAGGAGCGCUUCCUACCGCUAGGGGACUUUGGGGUCAGAGCGCCCCGGCCGCCUGAUGGCCGGGGCAAGGUGCGACCCAGGACCCAGGACGGCGUCGGUAACCAGACCGUGGCCCGGAUCCCCAAGACCCUAAAGUUCGUCGUCGUCAUCGUCGCGGUCCUGCCGCCGGUCCUAGCUUACUCUGCCACCACUGCCCGGCAGGAGGAAGUUUCCCAGCAGACAGUGGCCCCACAGCAACAGUGGCACAGCUUCCAAGAGGAGAAGUGUCCAGCAGGAUCUCAUAGAUCAGAACAUACUGGAGACUGUAACCCGUGCACAGAGGGUGUGGAUUACACCAACGCUUCCAAUAAUUUGUUUUCUUGCCUCCCAUGUACAGUUUGUAAAUCAGGUCAAACAAAUACAAGUUCCUGCACCAUGACCGGAGACCCAGUGUGUCAGUGUGAGGAAGGCACCUUCUGGGAUAGGAACUCCCCUGAGAUGUGCCUGGAGUACAGCAUAGGGUGCCCUAGUGCGGAAGUCCAGGUCAGUGAUUGUACGUCCUGGAGUGAUAGCCAGUGUGUUGAAGAAUUUGGCACCAUUGCCACUGUGGAAACCUCAGCUGCUGAAGAGACAACGACCGCCGGGACUCCUGCCUCUGCUAGUUACCUCUUAUGCACCAUCGUAGGGAUUGUAGUUCUAAUUGUGUUUCUGAUUGUGUGGUUGAAGAGGCCCUGAACGUGUGGACAGAAUGACUUGGUUUCUCCAGAAACUGGAAGCCUCAUGGGCUGAGGAACUGCCUCCCACCCACAGCAGAACCCGGUGGACAUAAUCCUUUCUCCUCAUGGCUGCCUUGACUCUCUGAAGUGGCUUGGGACUCUGGGCUGACUGUGGGGGACACAUGGCCAUCUUGAGCAUCACACAGACUGGCGGGCCCUGCUGCAGCCCUGUCCUUCCUGCAGUCCUGGUGACAACCUCACUCCACCGCCUGCACCCUGAGGAUGGGAUGUCCGCCUGAGCACAGCAUCAGGGGCCUGGCCCCAGCAGCAGGUCCUGGAUGUGCUGAGACUGGGCUGCCUGGGGUGACCUCAUUGGGAGGAGGUGGGGAUGGCAGGUCCAGCUGCAUACUGGGGACCCUGCAGCAAGCCCUGGAUGUGGACUCCUGAGUCAGUUCUUUGCCUUCCUGAGGCCUUUUUCCGGCACUCACGUCCCCCACCAAGGCCUGGGGUGAGAACAAUGCCCACAAGGAGAGCCUGAGUAACAGAGACUCGCAGCCCUUCCAAGUCUCUGAGCAGGAAAUUGAAGGAAUCAUGACAUUUUACAGAGGAGGAGAUUGCAGCUCAGAGUGGGGGAAGCGUGUGCACCAGGCCACAGGCAAGUCUGUCCAGAGCACUAGUAGGAAUGAGGGACACUAGGAAUGACCACUUUAAGAAGUUGGAUGAGAAGAAUUUCAAAGUUAAGUCAUUGGAGUUUGUUGGUAAUAUAUUUGUGUGGCUUAGGUCAUGUUAAGUGCAUCACACGCUCACCCCCAUGUCUGCUGUUGGUCUCAGCACUGGGUGGAGGGAGCGGGGAACAGUCCUGGUGAAGAGGAGAGGGGAGCAGCACCGGCUGGGGUGGGUCCUCUGCCGCUACCUUCUCCUGCUGUGGUUUCUCAGGGCUUAGGCGGCCCCUCACACCUGGCUUGUCUGUGGGGAGAAGAUCUUUGUUCUCUGGCUGCUUUUAAGACUUUCUCCUUAACAGUGGUUUCGGCAAUUCGAUUGUGGUAAAAAGGAGCUGCAGAAGCCAUGGCUGUAGCAUUUUCGGCCUCCCCUUCUGUAUAAUAGCAGCCAUGUUUCGGCCUCUGCAGGGCUAAGGUCCUCCGAGCAGCUGCUUCUCCACAUCUCUGCCCUGCACUUGGCCUCUGGGAGCUCCUGGUGUUCCUUAGCAGAGUCCACAGGGUUCUUUGGGGUCCCGUCCCUGUGCUGGGGCCUGGAGCCUGUGACCUGAGGCGGUGAACUGAGGCCACCACUGGGCUCACCUCAUGGGCUUGGAGGAAAAGUCAUUCACCCAGGAAGUAGAUGAUGAGCCCUUUACUCUGAGAAUGUCUGCGCCUGGUGCCGGUGGGAGGACAAAUGAGUCCUGCCUGUGUCAAUCCUGCUCCCUGGAGCCCACAGUCUGGUGCAGGAGGUGUCACCAGGGACCUAAAUGGCGAUCAGGAAGCAUGGGGGCCACCUCCCCCACCCCCCACCUCCAGAGAGGCUGUGCCGGCUCCAGGGAUGCCAUCCCUCCCUACUUGGCUUUGGCAGAGGGAGGCUGUGCGGUUGCAAGGCCCCAGCUCAUGGUACUGUUGGCGUGGAGGAUGUGGUUUCAUUAAAAUCAACAUUGAGAGUAACGAUUGUACUAACAACA